AUGAAGAGUCAAAAUGCAGAGCCGCCAGAGGAAUAUAAAUUACCUUCAGAGUCAGAAGACUCGAACGACGAAGCUCCACCUUCGGACCAACCGGAAAGCCCGCCAAACGAGAGCCAAAUUGACUCGAAGAAUCCUCAGCAAGGGCAAGGCACUAGCGUGAACCUGGAGAGACUCAAAGGGCUCGUUUGGGACAUCCAAAACAGCCUCAACACAAACGCUUCCAUCCCACCAAAAAGAAUCUUAUGCUACGGCGAGACGCUGGAUGACAAGAUCAAUAAUCUAGCAACAGAAGCUGCCAAAAUCAUCUCUGAGUCCCAAGAGGCCUCAAAAAUUAUGAAAACGAUCCUCCAAGAAGCCGAGCAUGAGGGUCUCCAGGGAAUCCAACUGCUAGACGCCUUCCAAACCAUUGCCAUAAUCGCGCACAGCCCAUCCAUAGGAAUCAACCGAAGACUAGCGUCCACAAACAAGGUGGAGCUAGAGACGAUUCAAGACACGCUGGAACUGACAGUCAGACCUGUAGUGGAGAAGCUUAUGAAGCAAGUCCACGCUUCUAGCGUCUACAAUUCGGCGGAAAUAACCUUCUGGGCCAAAAUGAUGGAGCCACUGGAAAGAGACUCAGUUUCAAAAGAUGAUCUUCGGAAGCUAGAAGAGGCCGCGGCUUGGAUCUUGGGAAGGCUCUGGAAUGAAUCUGCAGAAGCCAUCUUCAGAAUGAUCUUAGCGAGAUGCAAGCCACCAGAAAACCUCAACUCUCGAGCAUCACCAAGAAUGACGCUCAUAGCUCACAUUUGGAACAUCAGAUUCAAAAAGAUUCUAGAGUUGAGCCCGGACAAAAGACACGCUUCCUUCGCGAACGAAAGACAACUCAGCAUCUCCAUCGCCAACUCAAUAUUUGGAGAAAUCCUUUUCCAGAUAACGAACACGCGAUGCAUCUUUCCAAGACUCCUAUCAAGUGCAGCAAGAUCAGCAUGGACCCACCUUAACACGCUUUGCGGAGCAUCGAAUCCCAUCAGUCUGACGCUCAAAGAGUUCUUAACGAACAUUGACUCGAAUCAAGAUUACACGGCCUGGGACGCAAUCCGUACGCUGCGCAGAAUCUGGCCACCGAGAGAUUGCAUCGCUGAUGCUGAAUAUAGAGCCCUCAAUCUCAACGACAUCGACAACCGCCUCGAAAGAGGACUCGAAGAUCCAUCCUCACUUUACGGCACCACAUACGAGAAACUCUUCUGGAAAAUCCCGAUUCCGAGAAGCUAUGAGUCCGCCCGCACAACCGCGGGAUUCAAACGAAAGAGAGCAAACGAAGAAGACGAAGAGCUGGAAAACAAUCGAAUCAGAGAUGCAGGCCAUGGCGAGCAAAGGGAUCUUCAAUAA